UUCAAUAUUUUGUUAACACAAUUCACAGAUUCGGUGGCAUCACGUAGAGGGGCAAGAAAGGAUGAGGUGGUGCAGUGAGGUGUCUGGGUCAGGUGCACAUGCACUCGCUCUCGCUCCUAUAGUUACCGCUUCCUUUUGCAACACAAGUUUUGUGUUGAAAUUACGAGAGCCUUUCUUCAAAUCCAAUUUCAAAUUCAGCAACUCCUCUUCUGUCGCUCUUAUCCAUCGUAAGUUGGUUCCCGCUGCACUAACACAGCCCUCAAGUUCAAGGGACGAUUUUGAUUUUGAUUUUGUUGUCGUCAAUUUCUACCAUUUUGUGUUCAUCCAAGACCCACUAGCUGAAGUCGCCAAACACCGUUCUUUCUUGGAAUUGGAGGGUCUCGACAUCAAUGGAAGAGUCUAUUUGAAUGAACAAGGGAUUAAUGCGCAGUAUAGUGGGCCAUCAAAAGAUGCUCUGGCGUAUGUCAACUGGUUAAGAGAGGAUAAAAGGUUUUCUGACAUCUUGGUUCAGAUAUCUCCAUCAGAAAAUGGACAUACAUUUCCAACAUUGAAGUUGCGUUAUAAGCCUUCACUAGUUCAGUUUGAAGGUGGUAUAUCACAUAUUUCAUUGCUUGAUCCUUCAAUGCGGGCAAUACCUUUAUCACCUUCAGAAUGGAGAGAUAGAUUGGAAGCAAUAAAUAAAACCAAUCUUACAGCAAAAGAUGAUCCUUACAGAAAUUACAUUCUAUUGGAUGUCAGAAAUGGUUAUGAGUGGGAUAUUGGACAUUUUCGUGGGGCUCAGCGACCUAGUGUGGACUGCUUUAGGAACACUUCAUUUGGUCUGUCUCAGGAAGAGAUCACUGCUUCAGACCCUUUAUCAAAUGUGGAUAAAGAAAAGGCAACCAUAUUGAUGUAUUGCACUGGUGGGAUUCGUUGUGAUGUAUAUUCUACAAUGCUAAGGCAGCAGGGAUUUCAGAAUUUGUAUACCCUUAAGGGAGGUGUUUCUCACUAUUUAAAGAAUGAAGGUCCUGCAGAAUGGGUAGGAAAUUUAUUUGUAUUUGACUCCCGUCUGUCUCUACCUCCUUCUAUUUACUAUACUGGAGACACAACUGAAGCACAGUUGACGACAGAUGAUAAGUUUGCAAAAUGCUACAUAUGUACUUUGGAAGUCAGUGAAUUGAGACAUAGGAACUGUGCAAAUAUUGAUUGUAAUUUGCUUUUUCUCCUUUGUAAUGCAGGUGUUGCGCAAAAUGUGUAAAGGAUCUAAGAGGUUGUUGUUGUUUAACUUGCACUACUGCUCCUCGGCUUAGACCUGUUUUGAAAGGAAUGCAGAGAUACAAAAAAUGGCACAACUAUCGGGACAUGCAUUUGCAAGGGAAAAUGAAAGUUUCAACAUGAAGGCCAUUAUAACCAAUGGAAAAAGCUAGUUCCUCUAUUUUUGUUGUUAUCCAUGUGUGCAUUGGUAUGUAUCGGAACAGUACAACUGUCGAUAAAUUCCCAUGUAUCUAGCUAUUUAGAUUUUAUUUACAGGAAUUGAAGUAUUUUUGAAUUUAUGAAGUUAGGCCUGAAAGUUUCAACUUAUGAUCAAAAGAUAAAGUAAAAGCCGUGACAGAAACAUACUGCAAAUUUAAAAAUGUGAAGUUAUGAAAUUCCAUGCAGUGUAUGACUGUAUGUAAUGGAGAACUCGUUUUUCCAGUUACCUA